AUGACGAUGGGGACGACGACGACGCAGGCGUACGGUGAGCCGUGGUACUGGGACAACCGCUACGCCAACGAAUCAGGGCCGUUCGAUUGGUACCAGAAGUACCAAUCUUUGGCGCCGCUCAUCAAUCUCUACGUCCCCCGCCACUCCAACCAGCACCAUCGCAUCCUCGUCGUCGGUUGCGGCAACUCAGCGUUCAGCGAAGGCAUGGCUGAUGAUGGAUACGAUGAUGUGGUUAGUAUUGACAUUUCCUCUGUGGUCAUCCAAGCUAUGCAGGACAAGUACUCUGACCGUCCACACCUCAAAUAUUUGCAAAUGGAUGUUCGAGAUAUGAGUGCUUUCCAAACUGAUUCCUUUGAUGCUGUUGUUGACAAAGAGAAACUUGCCUGCGAAGAUAAAUCAGAACCUCCAAUAUGGGAGCUGACAAAUCCUAUUCCAUUGAAUGACGAUGGAAGCUCAGCGGAGGAAUUGCUCGGAAACAACCCUGAUGUGCAUUAUAUUUACGUUUGUGCAAAGGAUAAUUCUUUAAAGCCAGGCCUUAAGCGUGAAACAUCAGUUGAUUGA